AUGAUACGAAAAAUUGCGGAAAGAGGAAUUAUGAAAAAGAAUGCACACCGGAGUUACUUCCAUUUGGGCAAACACAGUGGAGGGUUCUUCCUCAGUGACAAAAAGUAUGUACACUACGAGGGUGGCUUGAAACGGGGGAGUAACCAUUUAGGCAAUGAUCCUGCUGAGGCAGGUAACACCAUUGACAGCUAUAUUGGCAACCGUGUUAGCGAUAAUGAACAUGCCAGCGCAUCACCCGGGGAGGAAAACAAAAUAGUCGUACACCAAAAGUACAAAGUGCAAAUUGCCCUGUGCAUAGACAGAUUCCCCCUGACAUUUCAGCAGGAAGAGUUUGAAAAAGAUUUCGAAGAUUUCAAAGACAAAUGGCUUCAAAAAACGAACAACAAUUUGAAUAUCAACGAGGAAUUUUUACACAUGAAAUAUAAUUUGAGUUCCUUUCACGAUCGGAAAAAGGAAAACCAGCUUGAGAGCACCAAUUUAGAGGAUGAAAUGGGACACCAAAAAGGAAAAAAAGAUAAAGGUGUGGAUGAUGUGCCAGGUGAAGAAGCGAUGUCUGCAGAAAAUGACGAUCUCGAAAAUUUGUUUGCCAUAGAAGGUAUACAAAACAUUUUAAACGCAAAAGGGAAAAAAAAAAAAAAAACGAUGGAGAUGAGAAUGAGGAAAAAAAAAAAAAGCAUGAUGAUGAUCAUGAAAACGAAUAUAACUAUAGAAAUAUUAUGAGGAAACCAAAUAAUUUUUUAUACUUAGUGGUGAAAUAUAAAAAAACAAGUAAAUGGAUGUUCCCAUUGAUGGAUUUUAAAAAAAAAUUAACAAUCAGACAAAAUUUACAACACUUAUGCACGGAACAUUUAAAAUGUGAAAUGCCAUUUUUUAUUGGCUACUGCCCUUGUACGUUUGAAAAAAGAAAAUAUAAAAUUCCUCUUUCGUUUAACGAAAUUAUCGGGAGAAAAAUCUUCUACUACAGAGCGCAUUACCUGAACCAUGGCGUCAACUUGGAUCUGCCCAACAAUGAGUAUAUAAAUGACUUUGCGUGGUUGUCUCGCUCCGAGCUGAAGGACUUCCUCUCCAGCACUAAAUACCAAGUCAUAAAGGAUGCCAUCCCCCUGACG